AUGUCGACAAUCUCAAUCCCCGAGCAAUCCUCCUCCCACGAAUACGGCUUCAACGCCAACCAAGGCGUAAACUGGUCCGACUACGUCCUCUUCCGACCCAUCUACCCACCCUCAUUCUUCAACCGAAUCUUCAGCUACCACUCCACUCCCAAUCCCAAUCCCAAUCCCAGUACCAAAAAGCAAUGGGAAACAGCCCAUGACGUCGGCACCGGCUGCGGCAUAGCAGCCGCAAGCCUAACAACGCCCUUCAAUAAAGUAAUAGCCUCGGACCCCAACGAAGGCUACACAACCCUAGCGCGAAAAGUCCUGGUCACAGUUUCCGGCCACGCCGAAUCCAAAUUCCACUUCUUGCAAGAAGCCGCGGAGAAAAGUAGCGUGGAGACUGGGUCUGUUGAUCUGAUCACCGCGUGUGAAUGUAUGCACUGGACGAGGCCCGAGGCUGCGAUUGCUGAGUUUGCGAGGCAGCUGCGGGCUGGGGGGACGUUGGUGAUUACGCAUUAUAAUCAUCCGAGGAUUGAGGGGAAUGACAGGGCGCAGGUUGCUUGGGAUGCGAUUCGGGAUGUGUAUGUGGGGGCUGUUUCUGGGCCGAUGUUUGAGCGGGCGUUGACGGUGAUGAAUUCUGCGUUUGAGGGGGUUGGGUUUCCGGUUGGGAGUUGGGAGGGGGUUAGGAGGUUGUAUGUGAAUGCGCUUGGGAGGGUUGAGACUUUUAGGUUGGAUGAGAGGGUUGGGGAGAGGUUGGUUCAGGCGGGUGAGGAGGUGGUUUGGGAGGAGGGCGAUGCGGAUUGGAUGGGGGAGCAGGACUUUGGGUGGUUUAGGGGGUAUUUGGAUACUUGGGCUAAGCCUGAUGUUGGGGAGGAGGUGUUGAGGCCUUACUGGGAGGAGUUAGAGAGGGCUAUGGAUGGGAAGAAGGUUAGGACGGUGACGCCGUUUGUGAUGGUUUUUGCUACGAAGAGGGCUUAA